AUGUACCAAUUAUGUGUGCCUGCAACUUUGUGUCUCAUCCGAGACUUCUCGAUGUGCCAUGAUGACUUCGACUCGGAGCCGGCAGAUGGGGUGCUCAAAGAACAUACAUUCAAGUGGGUUGGCUUUAUGCAGUACAUACACGUGACGACGGGCUUCAAUCAUCACAGCAAGGCUCCGCGCGUGGUCCUCGUUCACAAGCAGUUUGCGCUCGGCACAGCUGCAAGCCUGGCGACCCUUCCCAAGAACUAUAAACCGGGUAAUGUCAUAUUUGGUGAUUAUGAAAGAGACGAAGCAGAUUGUGGGAUAUCGCGAGAGCAACUUAAGAUGGGUUUGCGCUGUGCACGCGCCUACAUAGAAAUACCAGCCCAUGAUGUAACACCUCACCCGGAAUAUACCAGAUUCGGAAUCAGCAACAGCCUGGCUCUCGUUAGAUUUAUUCGGCCAUUGAGGUCACACUAUAUGUCCCCAAUAUGUUUACCAUCCCUAACUGAACGGGCGAGAAAGAAAAAUAAUAGAAACGUGUUUUUAGUGGACUACAUCAGCACUGUACCAAGAGAUUUCGAAUUCGAAAGAUUAGCUAAGAAAACCCUCAAAUUAUAUACACAUAGACAAUGUAAACGGCAUCGAGCGAAAGCGAAACUGGGAAGUGAAGGUGUGUCCAAUGCAUUAUGCACCUCAGGGUGUGGGGUCCGACCGGGGGCACCCAUCAUCAGCCACGCCGUAGAUGGGGCUUAUGAGCUGAUUGGAAUAGCCGUCGGAGGGUCGCCCUGCACUCGGCGCUCCAUGCGUAGGCGCCUCAAUGUUGAACCACCUAUCUAUAUAGAUGUGUACCCCUACGUCGCUUGGAUUAUGAACGUUAUCAUGGCUUAUCAAGUUCCCAAUCCAUACCCACUAAAUGUUAUGCAACUUGAUUCUGGGCCGAGUGUGGCCAUUAACAGAUCCUUUUUGAGAAAAAGGAAAAGGGAGAAGUCCGGUUGGCGUUCUCGUACAUUUAUGAGCGGUAAUUUAUGCUUUAAGAGUUUAAGAAAACAGAAAAAAGCUGCAUUUUUUUACUCCGAAAGGUUUGAAGUUAAUGCCGAAAAAGGAGCUAAACUAAACGUUAUAAUGAAGCUUUCUGCGGGUAUUGAAUGUACAAUAGUCUGUGCUCGACUGCUGUUGCCCAGCCGUCUUACUGAGCCUACGAUAACUGGAGUUGGUACCUACAACAUUACAAUAAGGUUCGACACAGAGUGGUUUCCAUACUCGUUCUAUUUUGCCUUGGCACUUGAUGGUCAAAACACUACGACAGAAAACUUUCAUAAUUGGUUACCUGAUCGCAAACAUGGUUUCUGGUAA